AUGUCUGACUCGAGGAAUCAUGGCCGGUGUCGAGGUGAACAACGGCCUGAGAGAGGCGCUCAUAGAAAACUUAAACAACAUUUUAUCACCCCAAGCAGAUGUCCGUAGAGCAGCUGAGGAACAAAUUCACGUUUUAGAAGUAACAGAAGAAUUUGGUGUACACCUGGUAGAACUCACAUUAGACCGCAAUGGCCCUUUACCUAUCCGACAGCUGGCUUCUGUACUCCUUAAACAAUAUGUUGAAGCCCAUUGGUGCACAGACUCUGAUAAGUUUCGUGUACCUGAAUGUCCAGAAUAUGCAAAAGCAAAGAUUAGAGAACUACUUCCACAUGGUUUACACGAACCAAUCAGUAAAGUCAGAUCAUCCGUAGCCUAUGCAAUAUCAGCCAUUGCUCACUGGGACUGGCCAGACCAAUGGUGUGGACUGUUUGACUUGUUAAUGGGAGCUCUGAAAACUGGUGAGGAAGCGCCAGUCCAUGGAGCCAUGCGUGUCCUAACUGAAUUCUCAAGGGAUUUGACAGAUCAACACAUUCCUCAGGUUGCUCCAGUCAUCCUUCCAGAGAUGUAUCGCAUUUUUUGCGAGGAAGAGAAAUAUGGGAUUCGAACUCGAGGCAGAGCUGUAGAAAUUUUCAGUACCCUCGCCAACUUGAUCUGUAUGAUGGGAGAAUACAAUAGAAGUUUAGCCAAGACUCUUCUCUACCCCACAUUACCAGCAUUCACACAAGCACUUGUCAAAGGUUUACAGACUCCUGAUGGUUUCACUUCUGAUUCUGGCUUGAAGAAAGAAAUUCUAAGUGCUCUGACAGUCCUAAUGAAGAAUGUGCCAAAGCAGAUGGGGCAGUACCUUGGGGAAGUAUUAGGUCCUGUGUGGCAGACCCUUACCACUAGUGCAGAUACAUAUGUCAACACCACUGUUAAUGCUCGGGAGGAUGCUGAUGAUCCAGUAGACUCUGAUGGGGAGGUGCUUGGCUUUGAGAACCUGGUAUUUACUAUUUUUGAGUUUGUACAUGCACUGGUGGAGACGACAAAGCACAAGCAACUUAUUAAGCAGGGUAUUGCUGAUCUUGUCUAUUAUAUUCUCCUGUACAUGCAAAUUACAGAAGAUCAGAUUGAAAAUUGGAGCAACAAUCCUGAUGCUUUUGUGGAAGAUGAAGAUGAAGACAGCUUUGCAUACUCUGUGAGAAUCUCAGCUCAGGAUCUGCUGUUGGCCUUAUGUCAAGAACUGCCUGAAGAGUGUGGUCAGGGUUUGAUAGUUGCUGUUGGAAGACACUUAGAACGAGCAGCUAGCCAACGAACAGCAGGUGACCCAGCAUGGUGGAAGACCCAUGAGGCAGUCAUGUUGGCAAUGGGAUCCGUCCGUGACCUGAUUCUUGAUCAGGUGGCCAAGGGGCAUUUGCAGUUUGAUCUCACCAAUUUCAUCCAGUCUGUUGUAUUGACUGACCUUGAUCCUAACUUUUCUCCUUUCUUGGCUGGGCGAGCUCUUUGGUGUGGCAGCAGAUUUGGGCAGGCUGUUACUCCUGACAUGCUUGACAGAUUCCUUCAGGCUACAGUAUCGGCCCUCAACCACAGUCCCAACCCUAUUAUUAAAGUUUCUGGAGUUAGGUCAGUGUGGGGUUUCUGUGAAUAUUUAAAGGGUAGUGGCAGUCCAGGAGCACUACAGCCAUAUCUUCCUUCCAUUCUUGAUGGACUAGUUACCUUAGCCACCCAAGCAUCAUCAGAAGUUCUCUCCCUAAUUUUGGAGACAUGCUGUAUAGUUGUCUCGGUCGACUCAAACUUCACGGCUGCAAAUGUGGGCAGGAUAUCUACCCUUUGUUUAGCAGUAUUUAUAAAAGCCAAUAAUGACCCGGUACUAGUAGCACUUGUGCAAGAUGUCGUGCGGGAACUAUGUGCCAACCCGGGCUGCAUCACUACGCUUCAGACAAAAUUUAUCCCCACUCUAGCAUCAAUACUCAAUGCAUCAACAGAUAAGGUACCGCCGGGUAUGCAAGCUGUGGCCCUAGACAUGCUUGAAGUAAUGGUGCGAUCCUCAACUCCUCCCCUUGAAGAGCCUCUCAUUAAUGUAGCUUUCCCAGCUGUAGUACAAAGAACACUGAACACAGAUGAUAAUUCUACUUUACAAAACGGUGGAGAGUGUCUUAGAGCAUAUAUAUCUGUCGCUCCUGAUCAGGUUAUUGCCUAUCUUGAUGCUGAAGGUCGGUCGGGUCUGCAGUACGUAGUUCAAGUAGCCACACAGCUCUUGUCACCAGCCACAAGUGAACAUACGGCAACAUUUGUAGGUCGGCUCAUAACUGUUCUCAUCCGGAGGGCUGGUGACCACUUAGGGGACAAUUUAGAUCUUCUGCUCAGAGCUGUUUUAAGUAAACUGCAGGGUGCUGAGACAUUGACUGUGAUUCAGAACCUUGUGCUUGUGUAUGCUCAGCUGGUCCACUCACAGUUAGACGGUGUUCUAACUUUCCUAGCGGGCGUUCCAGGACCCUCGGGGCAGUCUGCCCUUCAUUUUGUUCUCACACAGUGGUGUUCUAAACAGCAUCUUUUCUUUGGUGCUUAUGAGGGAAAGGUGAGUGCAGUAGCUCUAGCAAAACUACUGGAGCAUGGUGUAACAGCGAAUGAUUCACGCUUGCAAGAUAUCAUAGUUCAAGGAGACCAGGUUUUCUCACCUGAGGGACGGGUGCGUACUCGGUCACAGCGUGUAACACGACCAGAGCAGUGGACACAAGUGCCUGUGUUGGUAAAGAUCUUCAAACUCCUUAUCAAUGAACUUGCCAAUGCAAUUGACUCAAACAUGACAAAGGAUGAUGAUGAGCAGGAGUCAGAAGAUGAAUGUUGGGAAGAUGAUGAGGAGGAGGGCCAAGCUAAUGGCGAUUCCACACUUGCUUCAAUGUUUGCCCCUGCCAGCAGCUAUCCUGGGUAUGAUGCUGACACUGUGGAUGAUGAGGAUGACCCAGAUGCAGUGAGUGACCCCCUGUAUAGUUUGGAUCUUCAGCAGUACCUGACCACCUUCAUCAGCACCUUUGCUCAGCACCCGGCAUUCCCCGUCUUUAUACCACACCUUAAUCCUCACGAACAGGAAGUACUCCAAGGCAUUGGAGUUCAGUGCUGAGAGCAUUAAAAAGGCAAAGUGAUUGGUCAAGCUUGAUUGUUUAGUUUGUGCUCACACACACACACACACACACACACACACACACACACACACA